AUGACAAUGGCUAAUCCAUGUCCAUGUGAACUGAUCGUUAAUGAAUCUUCAUCGAAUAAUCCUUCAAAUUCUAUAACAGAUUCAACAACAAAUCAAUUCAGUGAUGAUGAAAUUCUUGAAGAUUAUCUUGAUCGUUUAUCAGAUGCAUUUCCAUUCGAAACAUCAUCGGAUGUCUCAUCAUUAUAUCCAGUACUUCAUCAAACAAAAAAUUUCGAUGCAAAUCGUAAACGUUCUAAACGACCAAGUUGGGCAGCUGUUGGAAAACGAGCAACUUCUCUUAACAGUAAACGACCAUCAUGGGCUCAAGUUGGUUAA